AUGAGGCCGCCCAGGAACCCGCGCCGCAGCUUUCAAUCCCCCAACUGGCGAUUCAACAUUAAGUUAGCGGCCAUCCGCAGCGGGCAAGGCGGGUUCGUUUCAUUUAGUUCAGUGGAACGGCUGUCAGGCGGGCGGUCGGUCGGUGGUGCGGAUGCUGCGCUCUGUGCGGCAGCGCUCGUGACGGCUGCACCGCCGGAUGACAGGACGGGCGACCGACAGGGCCAACCAAUGACCUUGGGCAUAUUUGACGGUUGUCAAGAUUACCAGCGUAACGGCAGAUCAGGCCGUCCGUCGGGGCGCAACCCGCUCCGCACCGUCUGGCGCGAGACGUACGAAGUUUGGGACGGGGUGUGCUACGGCGUGGGGAAGGCUUAUUUCAAGAUCACUGGCAGAUGGUGA